AUGGCGGGCCGCCCGAUCCCAAACUCCCUGAAGAAGCAGAUGCAGAAAGCCACGGUGAAGCACACCGACAUGCCCAAUGACAUGAAGACAGAGGUAGUCGACAUCAUUGCAGGUUCAAUCGACAAGUUCACGCUGCCAACAGGCGUGAACUUUGAAGGAGCCACGCGGGCGAUCAAGGAUGCCUUGGACAAGAGUUAUGGCUUCAAUUGGCAUUGUGCAAUGGGGAAGGGGUUCUGCUUUGACGUCACAGCACAGAAUGGAACUUUGAUGCACUGUUACUACCAGGGUGAGCUGGCCAUUCUGGUGUACAAAUGUUGA